GGGCGAGCGCGACGUGGGGCGCGGCGGCGAGUGGAGAGGCCGGCGGAGCGCGGCCUGCCUUCGCAGGUAUGCAAAGAAGCCUUCUCCCACAGAUGUCCUUAGAGAUAAUAUGGAUCAGUCCGGAGUUCUCCUGUGGGUGAAAGCAGAACCCUUUAUAGUGGGCGCCUUGCAGAUGCCCCCGCCGUCCAAGUUCAGCCUUCAUUACCUCAGGAAGAUAUCUGCCUAUGUGCGAACCCGGGCCUCAGAGGGAGCUUACCCACGCCUCUACUGGUCUACGUGGAGGCGCAUCGCAUGUGGGAAGUUGCAGUUGCCUAAGGACCUGGCGUGGCUUUACUUUGAAGUAUUUGAUAGUCUCGUGGUGAGGACACCGGAGGAGCGCCUGGAAUGGUCUGAGGUUAUAUCCAACUGCACAUCUGAGGAUGAAGUUGAAAAGCAGAGAAAUCAGCUUUCUGUGGACAGCCUGCAGUUUCUCCUCUUCUUGUACAUACAGCAGUUAAACAAGGUCUCCCUGAGGACGUCUUUGAUUGGAGAAGAGUGGCCUAGUCCCAGAAACCGAUCCCAGUCUCCCGACCUGACUGAAAAAUCCAGUUGUCAUAAUAAGAACUGGAAUGAUUAUAGUCACCAAGCUUUCAUCUGCGACCACCUGUCAGACCUCCUUGAGCUGCUUUUGGAGCCGGAACAACUCACCGCAUCCUUCCAUUCGACCCACAGCAGUCUUGUCUCUCGUGAAGCUGUUGUGGCGCUCAGCUUCCUCAUUGAAGGUACAGUGAGCGGAGCCAGGAAGAUCUAUCCAUUUCAUGAGCUUGCACUGUGGCAGCCGCUGCAUGCAGAGAGUGGCUUCUCGAAGAUCUCCAAGACCUUCUCUUUCUACAAGCUGGAAGCCUGGGUGAGAGCCUGCUUAACUGGGAAUCCAUUUGGUACAUCUGCUUGUCUCAAGUCAGGAAAGAAAUUGGCUUGGGCUCACCAAGUUGAAGGGACGACCAAAAGAGCUAAGAUUGCUUGUAAUACUCAUGUGGCCCCUAGGAUGCACCGCUUGGUAGUGAUGAGCCAGGUUUACAAGCAGACAUUGGCCAAGAGCUCAGAUACUCUGGUGGGGGCGCACAUAAAGAUUCAUCGGUGCAACGAGUCUUUCAUCUACCUGCUGUCUCCCUUACGAUCUGUGACAAUUGAGAAGUGCAGGAACAGCACCUUUGUCCUGGGCCCUGUACAGACGGCUCUUCACCUCCACGGCUGUGACAAUGUUAAAGCCAUUGCUGUCUGCCAUCGCUUGUCCCUCUCUUCCACGACAGGUUGUGUCUUUCAUAUGCUGACGCCUACACGCCCACUUAUUCUCUCUGGUAACCAGGCAGUAACUUUCGCCCCUUUUCAUACCCAUUACCCAAUGCUGGAGGACCACAUGGCCAGGACCGGCCUUGCCACAGUGCCUAACUAUUGGGAUAGUCCGAUGGUUGUGUGCGGAGAGAGCAGCGACACCAGCGUCUUCCGGCUCUUACCUCCUUGUGAGUUCUAUGUAUUUAUUAUUCCCUUUGAAAUGGAAGGGGACACCACAGAGAUACCUGGGGGCCUUCCACCUGCAUACCAGAAAGCGCUGGGUCAAAGAGAACAGAAGAUACAAAUCUGGCAGAAAACCGUGAAGGAGGCUCGCUUGACAAAAGAUCAAAGGAAGCAGUUCCAGGUGCUCGUGGAGAACAAGUUUUAUGAGUGGCUGAUUAAUACCGGGCAUCGCCAACAGCUGGACAGCCUCGUGCCCCCUGCAGCAGGCUGCAAACAGGCAGCAGGCUAGGACUGCUAUACCAAAGCCCAGGGACCUCGGAAAUAGGAUGAAUGGCAGAUGGUACCCAUCUUGAAACUAAACUGGGAAGACCUUUUUUCUUGCUGCAUAGAGACUAUGGGGCUUUUUCUCCCUAUUUAAGACUUUUCCUUGGUUUCCAUUCCAUACUCGUGUAUUACUGUUUAGGUUGAAUUUUAGCUAAACUCCUGACUGUCAUAUAAACGUGUUGUUUAUGGAUCACUGGAAGACUCAUCCUGUAAACCCUAAAUGAAGAAGCUGGUGAAGGCAGUACCUUUGUAUAUAUGUUAAUAUUAAAGUGAUUGAAUGUGAAUUUGCAAAUGAGCUUCACAUUUAACGUGUAUGAAGGGUUUCAGUCUUUCUAGAGCUAAAUACGAAUUUUAUGAUUUUUUUUUAUAACUAUUUAAAAGGUAAUUGCACUCCUUGUAAAAAAUAAUUGGAAUGAAAAUAUGAUCGGUUGGUGUAUAAAUAUAGCAGAAACAGUUUUAUACAAAGAUAUUUUAGUCAUUAAAGUAUGAAACGUAACCAAAUUGUGUGACAAUCUAUGUUUUGUUUUCUGCUUCGAGUUUUCAGUAAACUCUAGGAAGUUAUUUUCUCCUUUUGAUGAAAAGAUAAAGCUUUACUUUUCGCUUUAGAAAAGGUUUCCAACGUCAUUCCUGAAGUUAUGUCAAAAUAAAGUUUCCGUUUUGUUGGGAAACCUCUGUCUGUUAAUAAUGUCAAGGAAAACGAUGAUCAAAGUGGUGGAAUGAAUCUGUUGGCUGAUAAACAUUGUUUCAUACGCUCACUGACCAUUCAGUUAGUCAUUAUAUCAAAAAGGACUUGAUGUUUUCUUUCUGCAGUGAAAGUCAACCUCCAAAAUGUGUUUGUUCAUUCUAAUUCAGGUUUUCUUAGUCUUUAUUUUAAGAUGAAAUUCAAGCAAGCAGAGUAUUACCAGAUAUAGACACACUGGAAUAAUGGAAGUGUGUUUUGGAAAUUGCUAAUGGUUAAUGAAAUUAAUAUUAAUCACAUACUUUUUUUAAAAAAGUUUAUAAAAUUCAGAAAACUAAGUAUGUAACUUAAUACUUCCUCAGUAAUCUUCAUGUCAAGGCGUAUUUGACGUUUUCUGAGUGGCCUCAGUACCUCUUGGAGGUAUCCCAUUUAUAAAAAUACUUGUUGGAGAGCUCUGUUAGCGGAAGAAUUCAGUUGGCCUUUUGAGAAGAACAUACUUGAGCAGGAAAAUUAAAAUGGAGAAGAGUUGAUUAGUUGCUUCUUUUGAGUUAUGUCUUAGUUACCUAGUGCUGCUGUAACAAAUACCACAAGUGGGUGGUUUUAAAAAAUAAGUUUAUUUUCCCAGAGUUUAGGAGGCUAGAGUUCAGGGUGCCAGCUCUAGGGGAAGGCUCUAUCUCUCUCGUCUCAGGAGGAAGAUCUUUUCCAGCUUCUGUAAUAGAGUGGCAUUCCUUGACUCCCCGGCGAUCUCCACAUGGCAUCUGUUUUCCCGUCCUUUGUGUUUGCUUCUUGUUCCUAAUCUGUUCUUUUUAUAUCUCCAAACUGAGUAGGUUCAAGAUACAUCCUACAUGGUAUGGCCUUAUUAACAUAAGAAAGAAAACUCUGUUCCCAAAUUGGAUUAUAUCCAUAGCUGUAUACCCAAAACCCAUUGCUGUCGGGUCAAUUCCAACUCACAGUGACCCUAUAGGACAGAGUGAACUGUCGCAUAGGGUUUCCAAGGCUGUAAUCUUUACAGAAACCAACAACAACAACAACAAAAAACCCAAACCCAUCGCCCUUGAGUUGCUUCCGACUCAUAGCCACCCUAUAGGACAGAGUAGAACUGCCUCAUAGCAUUUCCAAGAAGCGCCUGGUGGAUUCAAACUGCUGACCUUUUGAUUAGCAGCCAAAGCACUUAACCGCUGCGCCACCAGGGUUUCCUUAAAGGAACAGCCUGCCACAUCUUUCUUCCGCAGAGUGGCUGGUAGGUUUGAAUUGCCUACCUUUUGGUUAGCAGCCAAGCACUUAGGAUUCCAACACAUAUUUUGGGGUGGGGUGGGGACACAAUUCAAACCCUAACAGUCUACUUAAACUAAUCUCAUUCCUGAAGUGUAUUAAGUGACAAAAAAUGUUCUCUGAAUAGGUCCUACUACGCUAUCAUGGGCAGAGAAAAGAACCUAGUAGGUGGCAAGUUGAAUUUAGCUAAACCUUUGCAAAUUCAAGAGUCCCACGGUACUUUCUGCCUGCUGGGCUCCAUAUAGUAGCACCCUUUCUUGUGGAUUAAAAAAAAAAAAAAUAACCAUUGCUGUUGAGCCGAUUCAGAUUCAUAGCUACCCUAUAGGAUAUAGUAGAACUGCCCAGUAGGGUUUCCAAGGAGCUGCUGGUGGAUCCAAACUACCGACCAUUUGGUUGGCAGCCUGAGUUCUUAACCGCUGCACCACCAGGGCUCCUUGUGGAUUAGAGCUUUUUCUUAAAAUUUAUAUUUUGAAAAAAAAAUUUAGUUUAUAGAAAAAUUACAAGAGUCAGUCAACAAACUCCCGUUUGUCUAGACUGACCAAUUGUUAACCUUUUGCCGUAUUUGCUUUCCCAGUAUGUACAGUAUCGGGGCGGUGGUGGUUCAGUGGCAGAAUUCUCACCUUCCAUAGGGGAGACCCAGGUUCAAUUACCGGCCAAUUCACCUCAAGCACAGCUGCCACCAUCUGUCAGUGGAGGCUUGUGUGUUGUUCUGAUGCUGCACUGGUUUCAGCAGAGCUUCCAGACUAAGGCUAGGAAGAAAGGCCUGGCGAUCUACUUCCAAAAGUCAGCCAGUGAAUCUCGUGUGGAUCACAACACUCUGAUCUACAGCAGAUCAUGGGGCCGGUGUGGGACCAGCACAGAGUUGUCAUGAGGCAGGGUCCAGCUCCACGGCCUGUAACCACAACAUCAUAGAGUAUUUUAUUUUCACACAACAAUUUGAGAGUAGGUGGCAGACCUCAUGAUCCUUUACUCCUAAAUACAUUAUCAUGCAUCUAAAAACAAUCUCUUACCUAAUCAUAGUACAGCCAAUCAAAUUCAGGAAGAUUAAUAUUGAUGCAAUACUCUUAAUAGCUGCAACCAUGGGCUCAAACGUACUGAGAACUGUGAGGAUCGUGCAGGACUAGGCAGUGUCUCAUUCUGUUAAAUGUAAGGUGGCCAUGAGUCAGCGCUGACUCCACGGCAUCUAACAGCAACAUUAUCUAGGGUUAAAUACAGUCUAUAUUAAAAUUUUCACCAAUCAUCCCCGAAUGCCCUUUGGCGUGUUGGUUUUUCACACACGAGACCAAGCCUUGCCUUUAGCUGUCAUCUGUAUUAGCUUUCUAUUGCUGCUGUAACGAAGUGCCAGAACUGGGUAACUUAAAACAACAGGACUUAUUCUCUCGAUUCGGGGACCUAGAAAUUCAAUUUCAGGGUUUCAGCAGAGUCAUUCUCUCUCUUGAGGCUAGGGGGAGAUCUUUCCUGGCCUCCCAGGUCCUGGCAGCCCCAGGCACUCCUAGGCUAUGGAGGCAUAACGCCCAUCUCUGCUUCUGUCUUCAUAUGGCCGUCUUCCCCCCGUGUCACUGGUUUGUGUCUCUUUUUAUAAGGACAUCAGUAGGAUUAGGCCACAGCCUCCUCCAGUGUGACCUCAUGUUUAACAUAACUAAUUACAUCUGCAAAGUCAUCAUCUCCCAAUAGGUCACUUUCACAGGUACUGGAAGUUAAGGCUUCAACAUAUCUUCUUGGGGGAGUGGGGCAGGAGACACAAUUCAGCCCAUAACAGGUAAGUUUUGUUGCCUUUAGAACAUGUCACUUCUGUUCAGAAUAGAGGGUGGUCUUUUGACUCCUGCAUCCUACAAGUUUCGUUAAAGGAAAAAGGCUGUGGAGAUUUCAGAGGGGCUGUUUACUAAAAAACAAAACUGCCCAGGGAAGAGGGACUUCUGUGUUUUUAAUUUUCAAAACUUUGGCUGGGUUUUAGUGUCUUGACUCAGCAAAAUCCCAGUGCAGGAAGGCUUGGUAAGCAAGAAAGGGGGCACUGAAGCUUUCCUUUAUUUCAUAAUCCCAAUUGUUUUUCUAGAAAGUGUCAGUAGCCUCCAAAUGACUGACUCAAUUUUUGGAUUCAGUUCUCAUGACCAAGCAAAUGUUUGAUUUGAAAUCAGCCCUGUAUAAAUGCUGUCUCUGCCCCUCUAACUCUCUGUAGCUGUUCCCGGAUUUCUUUCAGCCCUGGGGAACCAGCCUACACACCAAAAAUGUCUAAGGUUGGAACCAAGGUAAGUAAAUAGUCAUAGUGAUGUCUUGUUUGCUUUUCACCUCAUGACCCACUGACAGGAACGUGGAGAAGUGUUUUUGCCUCGUUGCCUGGAGGUGAGUAUGAUAGUGGUUAGGGUAGGCUGGGGUGAGGAGGGAAGGUUAAGAAAUGCUUAUUAUAUUUUUCCUCCAGCAGAAUUACCCAGCACUCUAUUUCUAUUAAGGGUUUAUCUUUAUGUGUGGUGCUAUGUUGAAUGCUGUGUAGGAAAUCAUGCCUGAAUAUCAUGAUUUCUGCUUCUCAGCAGCUAAUAUUCUGUGUAUCUCCACAGGAAUAGGAAACACUAGUGAAUGGAUUCUGUGGACUAGAAAACUUGUGGUAUUCGUUUUAAAAUGUGUUCUGUGAAAUUUAGCCUCAACUAUUAAUUAAUGUUCUAGAAGACCACGGUGGACGGACCAGUGAGGUGAAUUAAAUCCUAAUUAUUCUUCUUAUACAAGCAGUUACUUUCUUCCUUUCCACCAAAUAAAGUGCUCACUUAACAUUAGAAAAAUUGCCUCUAAAAUAUUUGACUCGGGAUGACUGGCAUGGAAAUUGAUCUCUCAGCAGGGUUUUGGGAAUGGGGCCUAUACCUUCAUUUCUCUUCGGCUCUUCCACUGACCUGUUGGUGUAAGGCAAAGCCACUUUCUGGGGCCUGAUUUUCCCUCCAACUCUUUGAAAAAUUUCAAACCCAUUGAAUGUUGAAAGAAGAAAGAAAUAUUGAAUGAAUGCUUGUAUGGCCUUCACUGAUAAUUCUCCAACUGUUAGUAUUUUGCCGUAUUAGGUGUCUGUCUCUUUCUUUUUACUAAACCAUUUGAAAAUAAGUAUCAGCCUUAAUUAUACUUUUCCCCUGUUUAGCCAUGUAUCUCCUAAAAACAAGGGCAUUUCCCUGUUUAAACACCCCCGAAAUAUAUCAUACAUAUCUAAUAUUCAGACCGUAUCCAAAUUUCCCCCAAAAUGUGCUUGAUGGCUGGCUUUCUACCCAUUCACUAUCCCGCCAAGGAUCACACGUUGCAUUUGGUUGUCAAGUCCCUUUAACCCCCUUUAAUCUAGAACCUGUUGCCGUCAAGUCGAUUCCAACUCAUAGAGGUCUUAUAGGACAGAGUAGAACUGCCUCAUAGGGUUUCCAAGGUUGUAAUCUCUACAGAAGCAGACUGCCACAUCUUUCUCCUGUGGGGUGACUGGUGGGUUUAAACUGUCAACCUUUCAAUUAGCAGCCAAGCACUGAACCACUGUGCCACCAGGGCACCAAUUAGGGCUUGACAGCAAAGGGCUUGUUUGUUUUGGAAGCUAGAACAGCCCCUUUCUCUUUUGUGUUGUGUUUUGAGACAUUGACAUUUUUCAGUCUAGGCCAGGUGUCUCGUAGAAAGCCCUGCAAUGUAUAUUGUCAGAUUUAGAUUUAACAUUUUUGGCAAGAAAACAACCUAGGUAAUGUCAAGUUCUUCCCAUUUCAUCAUGUUGGAGGCACCUGUUAACUUGUCCCCAAACCGAUUAGUGCCUAUCUUUUUCUUCCCUUUGGAAAAUAGAAUUAAUAAUCAUACUUGCCAUCCAGGAGUUUUGAGUAGAAAAAUAAGAUAGUGUCUUUAGUGCUGUGAGGAUCUUAAAGGAGUGCCAGGCAAAUCUCCUAAAAAGGAAUUGAAGUCCAUAGGUGCUUGGAGGGAGGUAACCUCAUUUCCAACAGCAUAUCCUUUGCCAAGCCUUGUUUUUGGUGAAUAGUUGGCCAACAAAUGUAAGCAGAGCCUCUGAAUUAAGGAGUUUAGAAUCUAUCCAUUCUUAGAGACGUUACCUUGAUUGUCCUAAAGACAGUUCACAGGUCGUGGGAAAAGCCCUUCAGACUCAGGAUCAGUCUUGUUGAGUUUCUCAGAGAGCAAAUGGUGCCAUGUUGAACAGAGCUAGCUGUGCCGGUAGGAAGACAGCAAAGGGAAGCAAGGGGAAAUAGAAGGAACCACAGACUAGGGACCAGUUUUGUGCUACAGUCUGCUGGUUUGCCUGCAACUAUUGUGUGACUAGCUAGUAGAUCUUAGGCAAGGCACUGAACCUCUAUGUCUGUGAUAACUAGCAAAAACUCACUGGCAAUUAUGAGCCAGAUAUUUCAAUGCUUUAUCCUAUUGGACCCUCACAGCAGCCCUCUGUUACUCUAGUUUACCGAAGAGGAGACUGAGCUUUAGAGACAGGCUCAAUGACCUGUCCAAGGUCACAUAACCAGCAAGUAGGGGAUCCAUAGGUGACUCCAGAGCAGUGGGAUUUUUUUUUUCUUCAUUUGUAAACUGAGGUACCAUGUAUCUCUAAGUAUGUGCUGUGCUAAGAUAAGGAGCCCUGGUGGCACAACGGUUAAGCACUUGGCUGCUAACAGAAAAAUCAGAUGCUGCUUUGUGGGAGAAAGACGUGGCAGUCUGCUUCAUAAAGAUUACAGCCUUGGGAAAUCGUGUGGGGCAGUUUUACUGUGACUCAUAGAAUGGCUGGAAACCUGGUGGCAUAGUGGUUAAGUGCUAUGGCUGCUAACCAAAGGGUUGGCAGUUAAAUCCGCCAGGCGCUCCUUGGAAACUCUAUGGGGCAGUUCUACUCUGUCCUAUAGGGUCGCUAUUAGUCGGAAUCGACUCGAUGGC